AUGAGCGAUGACAAUUCAAAUAAUAAGACUCGUCAAGAUGAAGAACUUGAGGCUAUUUCAUCGAUUUAUGCUGAUGAAUUUUUCGUGAUCGAACCGGAUAAUCGCCUUUACCUUAUUCGCAUUUCAAGUGAUCAAGGGAACGCGGCCACCAAAAAAACGAUUGGUGUUCAAUUCAAGUUCCCUUCCGGUUACCCUUCAACCAUGCCUCUAGAAUAUGAAAUUCAAGCCCCUUGGCUCCGAGGACCGGCUUUUGAUCAUCUGAACCAAGAGCUGUGGGAACUAGUUACCACGUCGGUAGACUCACCAAUUGUGCACACUGUGGUGGAGACUGUGAGAACGUUUUUGCAACAGCAUGAAGCUGAACAAUCAGCCUGGAAGCAAGCUGCUGCUAUGGAAGAAAUGGAGAUGUAUAUUGAACAUAUCCCAGAACAAUGGAUGGAAGAUUGUCUGUUGGAUCACAUUAGUCCCAAAGCUCACGAACUUGAUACAGUCCAUCAAGACAAAAUACAGGGAACGAAAGGUCGUUUAUGGAAAGCAGGAAAUGCAAUGCCCCCGUACGGAACCUUAUGGUAA